AUGGCAGAUCUAGCAUUUGCUCAUAAUGCCGGAAUGCAGGACGGAACACGUCAAAAUGACUACAUGGGCUUCAUCCAUAAAUACAUGGCAACCGUUGUAAUGCUUGGAGCGCUGCGCCCCCUUCAUGCGCUUCUUCCCUACCUGCCCAAGACUGCGGACAUAGAAGCUCAUCGACAACGUGGACUAGCGCUGCUUUCCAGCCGCUUGAAAUUAGGCAAGACGCGCAAAGACCUCUUCACACACCUCCUGGACGCAGAUGCCACCUUCACCUCGGAACAACUAUACAGUAACUCCAGCAUGAUCAUCAUAGCAGGCACAGACACGACCUCUUCGACCAUGACUCAGCUCUUCCGAGCAUUAGCCUUAAACCCGCAGAUCCAGAAAAAGAUGCAAUGCGAGAUCGACGAAUUUUGUGCCGAGGGAAAACACAUUUCAGUCGAAAGUACGAAAGGCUUUGGGUAUAUCAAUGCCGUGAUUUCGGAGUCCCUGCGAUUGUUUAAUCCAGUUCCUGGCGGUAUCUAUGCUGCGACUCCACCUUCAGGACUCACGAUCCCGGCUUUUGGAGAAAAGGGGAACGAGACUUUUGUUCCAGGCAAUGUCCAAGUGAUGAUUCCACAUCUUGCACUCAUGACUGAUCCACGGUACUUUCCGAAAGGAGACGAAUUCAUACCUGAGCGCUGGACUGGAGAAUGGAAUGCAGGCGUGCUAGACAGGAGAGCGUACAUCCCUUUCGGUUAUGGUGUUCACAGUUGUGUGGGGAAACAGUUGGCUUUGAAUGAGAUGAGGCUUGCGGUUGCGAGUAUAGUGAAGGAGUGGGAUAUUGUGCUCGGAGAGCAAUAUGAUGAGAAGGUCUGGAAGUAUGGAAUCAAGGAUUAUCAUACCGUGAAGGUGGGAGAAUUAUGGGCGAAGUUUGUGCCCAGGAAAGUUUGA